AUGGCAUUACAUGCUAUCGUAGUACUAACCGCCUCGUUAAGAGACGCGAAAAGAAGAGACUGGCAUCGUAAUGCACAGUUGACCGCCCAGACAACAAGGACAAGAGAGGAAAGAAAAGAAAAGAAAAGAAAGAAAAGUCAAGUCCGAGAGAGCCGCCCAGUCUUGAAAAAUACAAAUGAAAAUGAAAGUCGAGGGUACGAGUGGCCCACCAGGAAAACCCCUAGUUCAACGGCACCCCAACGCCACACGCUCAACGUAUGCGAAUAUUAA